UGAUGUGUCAGCCAUAUGGCCUUGCAUCAUAGCUUGUAUGUAACCCACCCUGCCCUGGUAGAGUAUACCACACUACUGUAUCUGCGUAUUUGGGGUAGGGAUAGCACAGCGGAAAAGCAGCGAGCUUGGCCGCACCUAUUGAAGUGUCCAUGCAGGAGCGGUGUGGACUUGGACUGGCCACCCGGAGAUGGUGUAAACAAACGCGCAUUCGCCUCUCACCGAGCUCCAAGACGGCGUGCCACCAUGUUGACAAGGCUAUUCGGCGAGGUUCUGCCGGAUGUCCAGAAGCUCCCGGGUUGGGUGGAGAACAGCGAGGGCGAGGCUUCCAAAACCAAUGAGGAAGACCUGGGUCCCCUGCAAGACGACGACUUGGAUGACGGCGAUGCCAGAGAGGGAAGCAGCCGGGAUCAGUCCGAGAUGGCUGGGGAUGACGCCGAUGACGUCGACGAUGAGGACUGUGGUGAUGAGAACGAGGGGGGAGACAAAGGCGAAAAGCGCGGGCCAAAGAAACGCAAGCUGACGCCAGCACGAAUUGAGCGCUCCAAGGUGCGGCGUCAAAAAGCCAACACACGAGAGAGAACGCGUAUGCACGAUUUGAACUCUGCGCUGGACAAUUUGCGCAAAGUAGUCCCCUGUUAUUCCAAAACGCAAAAACUCUCAAAGAUAGAGACGCUGAGACUGGCCAAGAAUUACAUUUGGGCGCUUGGGGAGAUCUUGCGCAAUGGGAAAAGGCCAGAUGUGCUAUCCUACGUGCAGACACUGUGCAAGGGCCUGUCCCAGCCCACCACGAAUCUAGUUGCUGGUUGUCUGCAGCUCAACUCUCGGAAAUUCUUGACAGAGGAGUGUCCUGAUGGGGCCCGGUUCCAUGUCCCCAACUCCUCUUUCUCCGUGCACCCUUACUCCUACCAGUGUCCCCGUCUGUCUAGCCCUCAGUGCCAACCCGGCUCCAGUCGGUAUAUGAGGACCCAUAACUACGGCUACGGCGAUGCGGUCUACCCAGGGGCAAUCUCCCCAGAGUACAACAGCCCAGACUAUGGGGGCCAUCACAGCUCGCCUGUGUGCGUCAACGGCAACUUCUCCGUGAGUCAACUGGAGUGUGGGUCGCCGGACACAGACAUGAACUAUCACUAUGCUAUGCACUACUCCGGAAUGUCUGCUGUCCACGGACAAGCGUUCGGCACACCGGGAGCGCGCAGCGGUUCCGCGCACUCUGAAAACGUGCCGCCGCCAUUUCAUGACGUACACUUAUUACACCAUGACAGGACGCCCGUGUACGAGGAGCUGAACGCCCUUUUCCACAACUGAAUUCACCAAAACCCCAACAAACCCGCCGGAGCCCUAAAUACCCAACUAACAAUCGUAAUGUUAGGCUAUAAUAGCCUACCCAUUUUGACACUGGAUGAGGUUUUUAGAAGAUGGAAAGUGGUGUGGCAGGAAUUGAGAGAGAGAAAUAACAAUAUUCUCAAUGUUGGUUCUCGGUUUUAUUGGUGUCAUUCCUGAAUUGUCAUUAUGCACAUUUUAAGGUAUGUCAGAAAUCAAUAUUUCCAAUCAAAUGUCGCCGUGUAUGCAUAAUGCGAGUGCACUCAAAAUAAAAUGUGUUACAUGAACGAAACAUGUUAUAAAACAAAAAAUAAAACAAUAUUUUAUAAUUAUCUGA